GAUUGCUUGCAGUGUCAUCCAUCAGUGCCCAGCAGUGUCGCCUGUCAGUGCCCAGCAGUGUCGCCCAUCAGUGCUGCCCAUCAGUGCCAUCCAUCAAUGAUGCCCAGCAGUGCCAUCCAUCAGUGCCCAGCAGUGUCGCCUGUCAGUGCUGCCCAGCAGUGCCACCUGUCAGUGCUGCCCAGCAGUGCCACAUCAGUGCCAUCCAUCAGUGCCCAGCAGUGUCACCCAUCAGUGCCCAGCAGUGUCGCCUGUCAGUGCUGCCCAGCAGUGCCACCUGUCAGUGCUGCCCAGCAGUGCCACCUGUCAGUGCCCAGCAGUGUC